UUCUGUUUACUUCCUGUGAGCUCCGCCCAGUUCCUGGUCCUUUGCCGAUCUCACUUCCGGUACCCGUUAGUGAAUGGGGGAAGUGGGCGCUUAGCUAUGGACGAUGACCUGCUGCUGGCUGUCCGCUUACAGGAGCAGUACGAUCGGGAGGCGAAGGAACAGACAUGGCGCCCCUCUCAGGAAACUGUCGCUGCUGUAGAACAGCCCAAAGAUCUCUCCGUAGUGGACCCGUCCUGGGAGCUGCUGGACCCCAGUCCGGACAUCCAUGGCUUGUUUCUCCAGUUCAAUCAGACAUUCUUCUGGGGGAAGCUGGUCGGGGUGGAGGUCAGGUGGAGCCCCAGGAUGACGUUAUGUGCAGGAGUUUGUGCCUAUGAAGGAAGGGGAGGCUUGUGUUCUAUACGUCUUAGUAAACCUCUGUUGUCACUAAGGCCAAGAAAAGAUCUUGUACAGACCUUACUCCAUGAAAUGAUCCAUGCCCUUCUGUUUGUCACACACAACAACAAAGAUCGGGAUUCUCAUGGUCCAGAGUUCCUCAAACAUAUGAAUCGAAUAAAUGGUCUUACUGGUGCCAAGAUAUCUGUUUAUCACAGUUUUCAUGAUGAAGUAGAUGAAUUCAGAAAACACUGGUGGAGGUGUAAUGGCCCCUGUCAGUCCAGAAAACCAUAUUUUGGAUAUGUGAAACGCGCAAUGAACCGAGCACCAUCUGCAAAUGAUACUUGGUGGGCUGAGCAUCAGAGAAGUUGUGGGGGAACUUACACCAAGGUCAAAGAACCAGAGUCCACUUCUCAUAAAGACAAGAAAAAGGAGGUUUCUGAAAGCCAGGCCAAGAACGUGACAAAAGAAAAAAGUGAGGCUAUUGACAUUCGUACAUUUAUGCCUUUUACCGGUAAAGGUUAUACACUUGGUGAAUCAAGUAAAUCUAUUCGAAGUCAGACAGUCCAGAAAGUCCUUCCUUCUUCACCUGCACUAACCAAGCCUGUGCCUCAAACUUCCAUCAAUGGAAUCCUCAACUUUACUACAUCAUCAAAUAAGACAUUGAACCAAGUUCCCAGUUCCAGGUUGCCUAAAAUAUCAGUUGCCAACACCAAAAUGUUCACCAACGUUGCGGGAUCUCCAGUAAAACUGCCUUUUAAUAGCAGGAAUGUAGCAUCAUCGGUGACUAAAAGUGAAAAAUCUUCUACUAUGACACAAAAGCGGAUAUCAUCUGAAAUGCUAACGUCAUCGCAGAGUAUACCAUCUACCUCACAGGAAACCAGGAGUGAAGGAAAUUUUUGGCAAGCUCCGAAAAAGCCCAGAAUGGACAGCAGUCAGGGGAUUAAGAACUUUUUUCCAAACGUAUCAGGAGUAAGCGCUACUAGCCCUAAACCAACAAUACAUAUCCCUUGUGACCAACCUCAGAGACCUACUAACCAGACCACCUCCAGUAGCCAGAAUAAGAAAGUUAACUGUCCUGUAUGUAAUGCUGAGGUUCCUGAAGGGAAUAUAAAUGUCCACCUAGACACUUGUCUAUCCUAAAAAUAUAUUUUAGUAUUUUGCUUUUACUUGAA